AUGCUGAAACCUACUACGAAUGCAUCUAAAAGCUUGAUGAACCUACUAUACAAAGAAACAGCCUCUCGCAACCCAGCAACAUCUUCAUCAUCAUCAUCACAAUUACAUCCCACCUUAUCAAAUCAAUUAUAUUCAACCACUAACGAAUCAUACGAAUUAGAUUUUUUGAACAACAUAUCAACAAAGAGAAAACAAAAUGCACACAACCUACUAGCUGGUAAUUUAAAAACUUUGCCGUUUUUAAGUAUUAAGAUUGAGAAUUCUUUUUUAAACUUAAAAGAUUUUCAAAAUUUUUUACCAUUUGAGAAAUAUUUAAAGUAUGAUCAAAAUCCCAUAAAUCAAUUUGAAAUAUUGAAAAAAAGAAAUGAUCACUUAGUUUUUGAAAAUGAAUAUUUUUUAUUUUUCAAAAAUCGAAUGUUUUGUUUAACUUAUAUAAAUGAAAUUAAUCAAAAAAUUUUAAAUGGUGUUCCAUUAAAAUUCCAACAAUAUCAAGAUUCAGCAAUUUUGAAAGAACUUAUAGCUACUUACCCUCAUCAAUUAAUAUCAACAAAUCCCAAAUUAAUUAAAAAAUUGAUACCCACUACAAUAUCAGAAGAACCAAACACACAAAUAGAAGAAAUAUUACAAAAAGAUGAAUUAAAUUAUAAAACACUUCAGCAAUUAUUUAACUUUGACCAAAAUUCAAAAUCAAUACUUAUUAAAAAUUGGCCAUUUGGUUUAAAAAAAUCAACUAUUGAAAAAUUUCUUUGGAAUUAUAAUUUAACUUCAGAACCACUUGAUCAAAUUUAUUCAAAUAUUAAUUUAGGUAUUAAUAUAAUAAAAUUAAAUUUUACAAAUAUUGAUGAUGUUAAUAGAUUUUGGCUUAAUUUUAAUGGUUUAAAACAAUGGAAUUUUUUACAACAUUUUGGAAAUGUAAUGGAAAAGAAAGAUUAUGGUCCUUUAAUUUGUGAAAUUAUCUGA